CCUGACAGAUGCUCAAGGAACCUCUUCCACUGCUUCAGAAGCAGGGUCUGUCUUGCCGAGCCUCCUCGCUCCCGUUUCACUGCCUGCAAACGUGAGAAGCAGAACCAGUGGAAUCUCUGAACUUGGAGCCAAAUCCUCUUGGGAUAAAGAACUACCAUGAAGAGGAAGACAGAGCAGCUGAGAUACCUCUGCGGUGCUGGAGACAGCCAUAAAGGCCCUGUUGGUUUGUACAACAUCGGACAGACUUGUUGUCUCAACUCUUUGCUCCAGGUGUUCAUCAUGAACUUGAAUUUCACCAAAAUCUUGAAGAAUAUCACAAUGCCUAGGGAACAGGAGGAGCGGAAGAGAAGUGUCCCCUACCAGCUACUUCUGCUCUUGGAGAAGAUGCAAGACAGCCGGGUGAGGGCACUACGGCCUGUGGAGCUGGCAUCCUGUCUGCAAAACUAUAAUGUUCCAUUGUUUGUUGAUCAUGAUGCUGCCCAACUCUUCCUGACCCUCUGGAACUUGAUCCAGAGCCAAAUUACAGACUCAGAGCUGUCAGAGAGGCUGAAGAACUUGUAUACUAUCACAAUACGUGAGUCCCUGGUUUGUCUGGACUGCAAUGUGAAGAACCACAGGGAUAGCAGCAUGUUGACUCUUUCCCUCCCUGUUUUGGAUAUUGACUCACAGCCUCUGAAAACCCUGGAAGAUUCCCUACAAUGUUUUUUCCAGCCCAUGAAGUUGUCAGGCAAAAACAAGUGUUUCUGUGAGAAUUGUGGGAAGAUGACCUACUGGCAACAGACAAUGAAGGUAACCAACUUGCCCCCGACGCUGACAUUACACCUUAUGCGGUUCUCCUCCAAGAAUUUCUCAAGGACUCAGAAGAUCAUCCACCCAUUGAGUUUUCCCAAAAGCCUGGAUUUCAGUCAGGUCCUUCCAGCAGUACAAGAUUGGUGGGACCCUGAAGGACAGCAGUAUGAACUCUUUGCUGUGGUUGCUCACAUGGGGACAGCCAGCUGUGGACAUUACUGUGCUUAUAUCUGUAAUCCUGCUGAUGGCAGAUGGUUCUGCUUUAAUGACUCCAAUGUCUGCUGGGCAACAUGGGAAGAUAUCAAAAAGACUUAUGGGAAUUGCUAUUUAUCUUGGGGAGAAACAGCCUAUCUUCUGGUUUACACAAAGACUGAGAGCCAGUUGGCUAGCUCUCCAGCCACUUCCAUGACUGUCAGAUGAUACCAGAGUCUUUUUCUACCUUCAAAAAAUGUUGACUUUCAAAAAAAGAUUCUUGGUGUCUUGACUAUUUAUAAGGCAAUCAUUUCCGUGGGUAGUUCCAGGAGAACUCAAUCUUGUUUUGUGCCUAUAUGAUUAUGUUUAUUAUAAAGCAGAGUUAUUUCUUAAACUUCAA